AUGACAUCUCUCGCCGCAGGUCUGUCAAACGUGCUCCCAGCUCCUAAAUACUCUGCCGAAGAUGAUGUUACGGCUAGCCGAAAGCCUACUGCACGAGUGCUCGGGGGCGGCGACCCCGACCAGCAGGGCUUAAUUCUUAAGGUGAACUUUCGCUCUACAAUGCUCCUUCCUUUCUCAACUGGGGAGACUAAUGUUGGUACUUCUAGAAAACUGGUCCACCCCCAUACGGCCGGCGAUCGACAUGGCGACCUCGAUCCGCGGAUGACUUCGGUGAUGGAGGCGCCUUUCCUGAGGUUCCUAUGGCACAAUACCCGCUCGACAUGGGCCGCAAAGGAUCGGGAACCAGUAAAGCUCUCACGCUCCAGGUCGACAAUGAAGGAAAAGUGAAGUACGAUGCAAUUGCCCGACAAGGCCAUAAUGAUAAACGGAUUGUACACGCGUCAUUCAAAGAUCUCAUCCCCCUCCGUCAGCGCGCAGACGUGGGCGAGAUUUCGUUGGAAAGGCCUUCGGAAGAGGAUGUAGCAGCCACAACGGAGAAGACAAGGCAGGCGUUAGCAAAGUUGGUUUCGGGUGCCGUGGCUGCUCAGAAGCCGAAGAAUGUCAAGGGUACGAACAGAAAGGAGGCUCAGUACGUCCGCUAUACACCAUCGAAUCAACUGGGCGACACGACCAAGCGCAGCGACAAGAUCAUUAAGAUUGUGGAACGACAGCAGGACCCUAUGGAACCACCAAAAUUCAAGCACAAGAAAAUCCCCCGAGGACCUCCGUCUCCACCCCCGCCGGUCAUGCACUCCCCUCCGCGGAAAUUGACGGCAGCAGACCAGGAAGCGUGGACUAUUCCACCCCCAGUCUCGAACUGGAAGAACCCAAAGGGAUACACGGUCCCGCUUGAUAAACGUCUAGCGGCCGACGGCCGCGGACUCCAAGAUGUCACCAUUAACGACAAAUUUGCGCAAUUCGCCGAAGCACUCUUCACCGCUGACCGACACGCAAGAGAAGAGAUCAAACAGCGGGCGUUAAUGCAGCAAAAAUUAGCCGAGAAGGAGAAAUCGCAGAAAGAAGAGCACCUCCGGAUGUUGGCACAAAAGGCCAGAGAAGCCGCUCACGCCGGUCCCCGGGGCCGCUCCCGCUCAAGAUCGUCGGACCGCUCGCGAGACUCCAGAUCCCGCUCACGAUCCCGCAGUUCGUCUGAAGACUCUAGGUCAGACGAUGAAGCGGUGCGUGAGCGCGAGAGGAUGCGUCGCGAGCGUCGGCAGGAAGAGGAACGUCAGCAGCGGAUGAAGAAUAUGGGUUCUGAGCGGAAGAUGCAGAUGCUAGCUAGGGAGCAGGGGCGUGAUAUUGGUGAAAAGAUAGCGCUAGGCCUCGCAAAGCCGACACAGAGUCAAGAAACGAUGUGGGAUUCAAGAUUGUUCAAUCAGUCAUCCGCCUUUGGCGCGGGAUCUGGCUUCAACGAGGACCAGCCCUACGAUAAACCGCUCUUUGCAGCGCAAGAAGCAGCGAAUAGCAUCUACAGGCCGAAAGUUAGUGUCGACGAAGAUGACGAGGAUACCGCCAGUAGUGAGAUGGACAGAAUAAAGAGGAGUUCGCGAUUUGAAGUUCUUGGGAAAGCGCAGCAGGGAUUCAAGGGCGCUGCUGACGCUGAGGUUAGCCCUCCGAACCCCGCUGCUAAGUUACUUUUUUUUUUUUUUUACUAACGAACAAUGAACAGGCCCGCGAUGGCCCCGUCCAGUUCGAAAAGGACACAGCGGACCCAUUCGGCGUUGAAGCGUUUGUUAAGGCCGCAGGCGAGAAAGCUGGUGCGAAGCACGGAUUACAAGAGCGGGAUUCGUCGCCUGGGGGAAGUAAACGGCCAAGGGCAAGUUAUAUGUGAUUUUUUUUCUCUUUUUCUCCUUCCCUCCCCCCCCCCCCCCCAACCCUACGCCAAUCAAUGCCAAUUUGAUUGGGGAGACCACUCAUUUAUGGAAGCAAGAGACGGAUGAAGGACGAGUUGUUUGGAAGCAUGUAUACUAUCAUGGUUUUGCUUUUCUUUUCUUUCUCUUUUUUUCCUGAUAUACUCUCGCCCGUGUUUGGAUUCCUUUCCGAUGAGUGGGGGGGAAUUAUAUUCUAAUUCAAUUUCUAUUACGGC